CUUAAGUGAAAGUAUCGGCUGAUUUGAGUCACAGUCUGUUCUGCCUUUGAUACGUGAAGAGGUGAAGACAUGGGAGCGUCACAGUCCGUUUCAGUCACAGAACCAAAGCCUGGAGACCUGAUCGCAGUCGACCGUGGGAAUUAUACCCACUGGGCCGUUUACAUCGGAGAAGAUGAAGUGGUUCAUUUUGCUAGAAUCAACGAUUCUGGUCCAGACAAGACUUCCUUGAAUGCAGAAGUGAAGUGCCAAAUGCUCAGUGACAUGCUCAACGGCAACAGUUACCGAGUCAACAAUCUUCUGGACGACAAGUACAAGCCUCGCGACCUUGAAGUCAUAGUGAAAGAGGCCCGCAGCAGGAUUGGUCAGAAGUUGACGUACGAUGUCGUCAAUUAUAACUCCGAACACUUUGUGACAGAGAUGCGAUACGGCAAACCAGAGUCACGGCAGUCUAACAUGAAUCCUGGAGACCUGAUCGAGGUCGACCGAGGGAAUUCUAAGCACUGGGCCGUUUACGUCGGAGAAAAUGAUGUGGUUCAUGUUACUACAAAUGACAGGACUCCCUUGAAAGCAGAGGUGAUGCGCGAAAAGCUCCAUGUCAUGCUGAACGGCAACAGCUACCGAGUCAACAAUCUUCUGGACAACAAGUAUAAGCCUCUCAACCCUGAUGUCAUAGUGAAAGAGGCCUGCAGCAGGGUUGGUCAACAGUUACUGUACGAUGCCACCAUGCGUAACUCCGAACACUUUGUGACAGAGCUGCGAUACGGCAAACGAAAGUCACGGCAGGUUAAAGAAGCAGUGAUCGGAGUAAUAACCGGGCCAGUGGGACUUUUGGCUGCUCCUCUGCUUAAGUUGACGAGCAGCUUAAGCUCUUCUGAAGAACCCACUGAAGCAGAAAGCCUCACUGAAUGAAUCACUGAAUGUGAUUCAUUCAGUGAAAGGUUGAAAUGGACUUGAUUCGUUUACAAAAACACAAACAAUUAUCUUCAGAAGAAUGAUCUUCCAUUUGUUAAGACCUAAUUCUACAAGCUGUGGUUUGAUCGCUCAAAAAUUUUGGGGAACACAAAAAUCACAAAUCUGGUAUAAAUUGAAAUCUAUUGAUUCUAAAUCAGAAAGUCUGUAG